AUGUCCUCGCUCGAUACCAUGCCUUCUGAGUCCAGCACCUUCCUAAGCACCAAAACCGCUAUGACAACCCCAAUACUACCCUUACCUAAUGAUGCUAGCGCAAGUCAAAUAAAAAAAAAAGACAAUGACAGAUGGUGCACACUACUGAGACAGACCUGCAGCGAGUACCUCUUUUAUACCAUACAGUACCACUUGCACAACACACUGAAGGACAACAUCCCCCACAUCUUUGUGAUAGAGGCCCAGUACUGGAUUCCAGAGUUUUCUACCACUGCAAUUCCAGAUGAAAUCAAUGCACAGAGGCCUGAUUUAUCUCUGUUUGACUUCACACUACUGAAGAAAGAUAAGCCAUGGGCAAAUGUCCUGACUUUUGUGGAGCACACCUAUUCUGAUCUUUCCAAGAAUCACAGCUUAGUGGUGUACUGGAGGAUAGGGAUGUUAACUCUGGGAGUCGCAAAGAAAUGA